CAGAAGCUUGUGGGUGGCUUUCAGUGGUUUUCUGAAGUGUUCCUGAGCCCAUGUGGUGAUAUCCUUUACACACUGAUGUCGUUUUUUUGAUGCAGAACCGCCUGAGGGAUCCAGGUUGAAAUUUGCAAAUCAUUGUUGUUAUUUACAAUUCACACAACGUGCCAACUUCACUGGUUUUGUACAUAUAUUUCAUUCGAUUGUGAAUAACCACUGAGGAAGCAGACAUCUUUGUCGGUUUCCUCGUCACGCCCCUGUGUUGUUGACAGGUGCGUGUUGCUAACAACGUGACAACGUCUCUGCCCAGAGAGGACAGAGGGUGGUGUCGCCGGCUUGAACUCGUUUCCGCCGCACGCCAUGUGAAACUACAAAGCUGUCAAAGUCAGGACUUCCUGCUAUUCUGCUACCAAGGACAAAUGGCCAGCAGCGGGGAUCCCACAGCAGGGGAGCACUUCCCUCGACCCGCCGCACUUCCCACAACAACCCCACUCAGGGAGCAGUAAAGGCAGAGGGUCUCAGCCAUAAACUCAUUCCAUGCCUCGAUUUACCGUCCACGUCCGAGAUGAAUGGCUGGCAGUGCCGUGCCGGGACCCCGCCAACACCAUCCAGUGGUUGGGCCACGAAGCCCUCAAACGUUACAUGAAGAACAAACCGGACAACGGGGGCAUCAAAGCGCUGAAGGACAUCCGCUUCGUGGUGCGCAGGUGCCAGGGGUUCGGUCUGCUGGACGCCGAGGACACCAUCGAUGAUGUCCUGGAGGAUAACGACUUUGUCGACCUGGCCAUCGAAGGAGACACCAUGUCCCCGGACUUCAUAUCGUGUCAACCCGGAGUGUCCCACCUCACGGCAGCCUACAGAGAGCCUGGAGAUGACAUUUAUUUGGAUGGCAACAGCCUGACAUCCACAGACCUGGUCAACCUCGGCAGAGGCCUCUACAGGAUCAAGCUGACGGCGGAGGCCGAGAGGAAGGUUGUGCAAUCCCGGGAGCUUCUGGACACCAUCGUGAAGGAAAACAGAGUUGUGUACGGGAUCACCACCGGUUUUGGCAAAUUUGCUCGGACUGUCAUCCCCGUCAGCAAACUGAAGGAGCUGCAGGAGAACCUGGUGCGCUCACACUCGGCAGGUGUGGGGAACCCGUUGAGCCCGGAGAGGACCCGCAUGCUGCUGGCGCUGAGGAUCAACGUUCUGGCCAAAGGGUACAGCGGCAUCUCUCUGGAGACGCUUCACGCCAUGAUCCAGGCCUUCAACGCUUCCUGCCUCUCGUACGUCCCCGAGAAAGGCACGGUGGGUGCCAGCGGGGACCUGGCGCCGCUGUCCCACCUGGCCCUGGGGCUGAUGGGCGAGGGCAAAAUGUGGUCCCCGAAGAGCGGCUGGGCCGACGCCAAAUAUGUCCUGGAGGCCCACGGGUUAAAGCCAAUAUCGCUCAAGCCCAAAGAGGGCCUGGCACUGAUCAAUGGCACCCAGAUGAUCACCUCGCUGGGGGCGGAGGCCGUGGAGCGAGCCCAGGCCAUCGCUCGCCAGGCGGACAUCAUCGCAGCGCUCACCCUGGAAGUGCUGAAGGGAACCACCAAGGCCUUCGACAGCGACAUCCACAUGCUCAGACCCCACCCAGGACAAAUAGAGGUGGCCCAACGCUUCCGCUCACUGCUGGACUCUGAUCACCAUCCGUCCGAGAUAGCAGAGAGCCAUCGCUUCUGUGACAGAGUCCAGGAUGCUUACACCAUGCGCUGCUGUCCUCAGGUUCACGGCAUUGCCAACGACACCAUCCAGUUUGUCUUGAACAUCAUCAACACAGAAAUCAACAGCGCCACCGACAACCCCAUGGUGUUUGCCGAAAGAGGCGAGACUAUUUCCGGGGGGAAUUUCCACGGAGAAUACCCAGCGAAGGCUCUCGACUUUCUAGCCAUCGCCGUCCAUGAACUGGCCUCAAUCAGCGAGAGGAGGAUCGAGAGGCUGUGCAACCCCUCCCUGAGCGAGCUGCCGGCCUUCCUGGUCAACGAGGGCGGCCUCAACUCGGGCUUCAUGAUCGCUCACUGCACCGCUGCUAGCUUAGUCUCAGAGAACAAAGGCUUGUGCCAUCCGUCCUCCGUGGACUCGCUGUCCACCAGUGCCGCCACGGAAGACCACGUGUCCAUGGGGGGCUGGGCCGCCAGGAAGGCCCUGAGGGUGGUGGAGCACGUGGAGCAAGUCCUGGCCAUCGAGCUGUUGGCAGCCUGUCAGGGCAUCGAGUUCCUCCGUCCACUCCGCACCACCACGCCGCUGGAGAAGGUCUACGACCUCGUGCGCAGCGUGGUCAAGCCGUGGAUGAAGGACAGAUUCAUGUCUCCAGACAUCGAGGCGGUCCACCGUCUCCUGCUAGACCAGAAGGUGUGGACUGUGGCCAAGCCUUACAUUGACAAAUACCAGACGCAGUACAUCCCAGAAUCCCGUCCCGUCUCCCCGACCGCCUUCUCCCUGGAGUCCCCGCCCUCCCCUCGGAAGCGUUGUCGUCAUGAAUGAAACCGAUGACAAAAAUGCUAAAUGACUUUUAAAAAUCUACAAAAAAAGGAUAACACCACAUCAACACACACGGCCGUGGUCAAAAGUUGACAUACACUUGUGAAGAACACGAUGUCAUGGCUGUCUUGAGUUUCCAAUCCAUCUUCUUCCGCUUAUCCGAGGUCCAGUCCAUAGUGGAUCCGACAUAAUCGUGAGAGUCCAGUCCAUACUGGAUCUAACAUAAUAGUGAGAGUCCAGUCCAUAGUGGAUCUAACAUAAUAGUGAGAGUCCAGUCCAUAGUGGAUCUAACAUAAUAGUGAGAGUCCAGUCCAUAGUGGAUCUAACAUAAUAGUGAGAGUCCAUUCCAUAGUGGAUUUAACAUAAUAGUGAGAGUCCAAUCCAUAGUGGAUCUAACAUAAUAGUGUUUAUAGUGGAUCUAACAUAUUAUUGUGAAAGUCCAGUCCAUAGUGGAUCUAGCAUAAUAGUGAGAGUCCAGUCCAUAGUGGAUCUAACAUAAUAGUGAGAGUCCAGUCCAUAGUGGAUCUAAUAUAAUAGUGAGAGUCCAGUCCAUAGUGGAUCUAACAUAAUAGUGUCCAUAGUGGAUCUAACAUAUUAUUGUGAAAGUCCAGUCCAUAGUGGAUCUAGCAUAAUAGUGAGAGUCCAGUCCAUAGUGGAUCUAACAUAAUAGUGAGAGUCCAGUCCAUAGUGGAUCUAAUAUAAUAGUGAGAGUCCAGUCCAUAGUGGAUCUAACAUAAUAGUGUCCAUAGUGGAUCUAACAUAUUAUUGUGAAAGUCCAGUCCAUAGUGGAUCUAGCAUAAUAGUGAGAGUCCAGUCCAUAGUGGAUCUAACAUAAUAGUGAGAGUCCAGUCCAUAGUGGAUCUAGCAUAAUAGUGAGAGUCCAGUCCAUAGUGGAUCUAACAUAAUAGUGAGAGUCCAGUCCAUAGUGGAUCUAACAUAAUAGUGAGAGUCCAGUCCAUAGUGGAUCUAAGAUAACAGUGAGAGAGUCCAGUUCAUAGUGGAUCUAAGAUAAUAGUGUGAGAGUCCAGUCCAUAGUGGAUCUAACAAAAUAGUGAGAGUCCAGUCCAUACAGGAUCUAACAUAAUAGCAUGAGAGUCCAUUCCAUAGUGGAUCUAACAUAAUAGUGAGAGUCCAGUCCAUAGUGGAUCUAACAUAACAUAGUGAGAGUCCAGUCCAUAGUGGAUAUAGCAUAAUAGUGAGAGUCCAGUCCAUACUAGAUCUAACAUAAUAGUGAGAGUCCAGUCCAUAGUGAAUCUAACAUAAUAGUGAGAGUCCAGUCCAUAGUGGAUCUAACAUAAUAGUGAGAGUCCAGUCCAUAGUGGAUCUAACAUAAUAGUGUGAGAGCCCUGUCCAUAGUGGAUCCAACAUAAUAGUGUGAGAGUCCAGUCCAUAGUGGUUCCACCAUAAUAGUGUGAGAGUCCAGUCCAUACAGGAUCUAACAUAAUAGCGUGGGAGUCCAGUCCAUACUGGAUCUAGCAUAAUAGUGAGAGGCCAGUCCAUAGUGAAUCAAACAUAAUAGUGAGAGUCCAGUCCAUAGUGGAUCAACAUAAUAGUGAGUCCAGUCCAUAGUGGAUCUAACAUAAUAGUGAGAGAGUCCAGUCCAUAGUGAAUCUAAGAUAAUAGUGUGAGAGUCCAAUCCAUAGUGGAUCUAACAUAAUAGUGAGAGUCCAGUCCAUAGUGGAUCUAACAUAAUAGUGAGAGUCCAGUCCAUAGUGGAUCUAACAUAAUAGUGAGAGUCCAGUCCAUAGUGGAUCUAACAUAAUAGUGAGAGUCCAGUCCAUACUGGAUCUAGCAUAAUAGUGAGAGGCCAGUCUAUAGUGAAUCUAACAUAAUAGUGAGAGGCCAGUCCAUAGUUGAUCCAACAUAAUAGUGGCCCCUAGUGUGUGAAGGUGAGUGUGAAUGUGGUCUGUCUAUGUGUUGGCCCUGUGAUGAGGUGGCGACUUGUCCAGGGUGUACCCCGCCUUCCGUCCGAAUGCAGCUGAGAUAGGCUCUCCCCCUCCCUCACGAAUGCUGCUGCGUGCACAAUUUGUUUUGUUUUCAACCCCUUCCUAACCCCGAACAUACAUUGAAAAUACACGCAACCCGAACUUAAAAUACCGGACAUUUGAGGUAUUUAAGAAACUCCACCCGGACAGCCCCGCAAAAGAGGACAUGUCCGGUGAAAAGAGGAGCUAUGAUCAGUCUAUCGUAGCCCGGUCGCUGCUAGCAUGCCGUGUGCUGUGCCUCGGUCUGCAUUGUUUGCAACUCCGAACCGAACCGAAACCCCCGUACCGAAACGGUUCAAUACCAAUACACGUACCGUUACACCCCUAGUACUGUGCAAUCUACUAAUACAAGUUUCAAUCAAUCCAUCAAAGUUCUAGCCUGAUUGGUCACAUUUUCAGUCGACCCAUAAUAAAUGCAUAAAAGAACCAAACUUCAUGAAUGUUUUUUUUUUGUGUGACCAAUCACAAACAAAUAAGAGUUGUAGAAAUGAUUGGAAACCCAAGACCAGCCAUGACAUUAUGUUCUUUUUACAAGUGUACGUAAACUUUUGACCAUGACUGUAAUUGAUAUAAUAACUUGUAUGCAUCCUGCAUACUGUAUUUAAAACACGACUGACUUAAUUCGUUUCCCCUUACAACUACCUCAACCAUUGUCUUUUAAUUGUGUGUUGUUGUUGUUUUCGGCAAUAAUUAUGUCGACUUGGAAAAUAAUAACUUUGUCACCUGCCUGUUAUCAAUGCUCUCUUUUUAGGCUAAUACUACAAAAAAAAAAUUAUUUUUUAAAAAUAUUUGUAUUGCAAUUUUAGCACUUGCAUGUGAAGAUUAAAAUGUGUUUUGAUGUGCUGAAUUGUUGUGUGCAAAUGUAUUGUUUUAGCUUGAGGUACAUCUGCAUAAGAAAGUGCCAGAGAUUGCAUAUUUCAGCUUUAUUUUCAUGUAAUUAUUUGAUGCUGUAAUUAAAACAAGAACAUAUAAACUACCUGUUUUUUUGUUGUUG